AACACGAAUCUUACCGAUCUAAACACUUCCAAGUUUCUCUCUCUUUUUCUCUCUGUCUCUGUUCGCUGCACUGAUGAUGCACCUUCUUCUCUCGCUUCUUAAUUUUCCCCUUUCUCUCUGAAUUAGAUUAGAACGAAAGUGGAUAGAAGCAGAAGAAGAAGAAAGAAAAAAACAGUAGAGAAAGAAUGGGGGGUUUUGCAGUGGGUUCUGCCUUUGAUUCCAAAUCUGGGCAGAUCAUAAUGGCUGCUUUGCUAUUAAUGGUUGUUUCUUUCUACGCUGGCACACUCUUGGGCAACAAUGCUCCCCUUUAUGUCUCUCAACCUUCCUCUGUUACUUCUUCUAAUCUUCUUUCUUCCUCAGGAACAUCCAGAUUUAGUAACAAAGUUGCGCUGACAUACCGAAAAACGCCGAUAGUGAUUCCAGAAACUGGGGUUGAUGUAUGCCCUUUGAUGUUCAAUGAGUACAUUCCUUGCCAUGAUAUUUCCUAUGUGGCAACAUUGAUUCCAAGCCUUGAUCUUUCUAGGAAAGAGGAGCUGGAGAGACAUUGCCCUCCGCUUGAGAAACGCCUAUUUUGCUUGGUUCCACCACCUAAGGAUUAUAAAAUACCUAUAAAAUGGCCUCUUAGCAGGGAUUAUGUUUGGCAGAGCAAUGUCAAUCAUACGCAUCUUGCAGAUGUCAAAGGGGGCCAAAAUUGGGUCCAUCCGAAGGGUCAACUCUGGUGGUUUCCUGGUGGUGGUACCCAUUUCAAGAAUGGUGCAUCUGAAUACAUACAAAGGUUGGGAAAUAUGAUUACAAAUGAGACAGGUGAUCUGCGUUCUGCAGGUGUAGUUCAAGUUCUGGAUGUUGGAUGUGGUGUGGCCAGCUUUUCAGCAUAUCUUCUUCCCUUGGAUAUCCGAGCAAUGUCCUUUGCCCCAAAGGAUGGCCAUGAAAAUCAGAUCCAAUUUGCAUUAGAGCGAGGAAUUGGAGCCAUGAUCUCUGCCAUGUCCACAAUACAACUACCAUAUCCUACUGGAUCAUUUGAAAUGAUUCACUGUUCACGUUGCCGCAUAGACUUUCAUGAGAAUGAUGGGAUUUUGCUGAAAGAGUUGCAUCGCCUUCUUCGUGCUAAUGGUUAUUUCGUUUAUUCUUCUCCACCUGCUUACAGAAAAGAUAAAGACUAUCCUAUCAUUUGGGACAAAUUGACGAAUUUGACUACAGCAAUGUGCUGGAGACUCAUUGCUCGAAAAGUUCAGACAGCAAUAUGGAUUAAAGAUGAUAACUCGUCCUGCAUUUUGCAAAAUGCAGAAAAAAAGCUUAUAAAUGUCUGUGAUGCUACUGAUGACUCCAAACCUUCAUGGAAUACACCACUUAAAAAUUGUGUACAAGUCAGAAACUCUGAGACAGACUCUUAUAAGCUUCCUCCAAGUCACGAACGACAUUCAGUGUUUUCCGAGAACCUGAGAAAAAUAGGUAUAAGUCAAGAUGAUUUUACAUCUGAUACUCUCUUCUGGCAAGAUCAAGUUCAGCAUUACUGGAGACUGAUGAACAUCAAGGAAACAGAAGUACGCAAUGUGAUGGACAUGAAUGCCAUUUAUGGUGGUUUCGCUGUUGCUUUAGAUGCAUUUCCUGUUUGGGUGAUGAAUGUAGUUCCUGCAAUCAUGAAAAACACUUUGUCUGGAAUCUAUGACCGGGGAUUGAUUGGAACUUUUCAUGAUUGGUGUGAACCAUUUUCAAGUUAUCCUCGGACAUAUGAUCUUUUGCAUGCCAAUUACCUCUUUUCCCAGUACAAAACUCAAGGGGAAGGUUGCCUAUUGGAGGAUAUCAUGCUAGAGAUGGAUCGACUUAUUCGCCCACUGGGCUCUGUUAUCAUCAGAGAUGAGGAAUAUAUUGUGUCACGAAUCCAAGAGUUAGCGCCAAAGUUCCUGUGGGAUGUUGAGUCACAUAUGUUAGAGAACAAAGAAAAGAAGAUGGAAAGGGUUCUAAUUUGUAGAAAAAAGUUUUGGGCAAUCGUCUAAGAAGAUUGCACAUCUAAACGCUUCUUCCCUCGCCAUAGAAAUUGUUUCCUAACCACCUUGGUAAUAUGUAACGUUAAAAGCUGUUAUUUUUCUGUUUUGUUCAUUUGUUGUUUAUCAUUUUCAUUUUUUAGAUUGUCUAGGGAGCAUUUUCUUUGUUUGUAAAUGACUUCACUUUACUGUUUUUGCAUUUACAUGAUAUAUAGAAAGUUCUAUUCUCCCUA